UACUGUAGCCAGCUGGACACACACACACACACACACACACACACACACACACACUCACACACACACACACAUCACCACCACCAUCCACAGACUAUAACUAGCCCGAAAAAAUACCGAUGUAAGCUGCCUGCCCUUCAAUCCUUCGUGGAUUCCCCCGCGUCGCUGUGUGUUAGAGACACCGGAACAAAAGUUGUGAUGAAUAAAGAGAUAAUGUCACGUGUGGUGAAGAAGAGGCUGGCAGACCCUAAGGUGGUCCAGUAUGUGUGGGCCGCCAUUGAGGUUAUUCGCAACCAGAAACAAAUUGCAAACAUGGACAGGAUCUCCAAGUACCUGAGCCGUGUGUUUAGCAUGCACCCUAAAGAGACCGCCAGACAGCUGAGCUUGGCCGUGAAGGACGGCCUGGUGGUGGAGACCCUGACUGUGGGCUGCAAGGGCUCCAAGGCCGGCAUCGAGCAGGAGGGAUACUGGCUGCCUGGGGAAGAGAUGGAUCCGAAAGCCGAAGGAAGCAAGGAGUGGGAGGCGGAGAGUCACGACUGGUACUGCUUCGAGUGUCACCUACCGGGCGACGUCCUCACGUGUGACAACUGCUUCCGGGUUUACCACCUCAAGUGUCUGACGGAGGAUUUCAAGCCCAGAGACGGAGGAUCCCACUGGCAGUGUGUGGUCUGCAGGGGAAGUAAAAAGAAGAACCUGAACAAACAGGAGAUGAGUAAAUAUCUGCGCUUCAUCGUGCAGCGCAUGAAGGAGAGGGCAGUGGACCUGAACAAGAAAGGCAAAGACACUAAACACCCCAUGUACAAACGUCUGAUCCACACUGCGCUGGACGUCUCCAACAUCCAGGAGAAUCUGUCUGAAGGAAAAUAUAAAAGCUUCGAGGAGUUCAAAGCAGACGCUCAGCUCAUUGUUCACAACACGGCCAUCUUAUAUGGAGUUCAAAGCGACCAGGCGGAGAUCGCACGGUUGCUCUUCAGCGACACAGUCCAUGAGUUGAACGAGUUGCUGUUGUGUAAGAACUGUUUCUACCUGUCCAACGCCCGGCCAGACAACUGGUUCUGUUACCCGUGUAGCCCGAGCCACGACCUGGUGUGGGCCAAGAUGAAAGGUUUCGGUUACUGGCCGGCCAAAGUCCUUCAGAGGGACGACAACCAGGUGGACGUGCGCUUCUUUGGACACCAGCACCAGAGAGCGUGGAUCCCCGCAGACAACAUCCAGGACAUCAAGGUGAGCGUCCAGCAGCUGCAGGUGAAGCGCAGCAGCGGCUGGAAGAAGGCGUGCGAGGAGCUGGAGAUGUACCAGCGCUUCCUGAGGGAGGGCCGCUUCUGGAAAACAAAGAUGGAGGAGAGCAGCAUGCCACACCCGCACCACCUGCAGAACCAGCAGAGCCAGAGCCAGAGCCAGAGCCAGAGCCAGAGCCAGAGCCAGAGCCAGAGCCAGAGCCAGAGCCAGAGCCAGAGCCAGAGCCAGCGGCCGCAGCAGCAGCAGCAGCAGCAGCAGGAGGGCGGCGGCGGCGGGAGGACGGACAGGCUGGAGAGGACAGACGAAGCUGAGUCGAGCAUCUCCUCCACCAGCAACGAGCAGGUCCGACAUCUCAAAGGCAGCCAGGAGCCCAAGGCAAAGAAAAGCCGUCGAUCUCAAAUGGUGGAGCCCAAAGAAGAAGCCAGCCUGGUGCUUGAGUCGCAGGUAACGCAAAGUUGUCCUCCUCCUCCUCUCCCCAUCCACCAGGACCCGGAGCCAGAGAUGGAGGCGGUCAGCUCCAGCCAGGAGAUCCCGGUGUCCUCGGCGCCCCAGCAGCCCGAGAAGCUGUCGGUGUCCACGCAGACCAAGAAGGCCAACGGAGGGUCGCCCCGCACGCUGCACCGCGGCACCCAGACGAACAGCGACGGCGCCUGCCAGAACAUGUGCCACGAGAAAUACACCAAGGUGUUCAACGACGUGAAGGAGAUGAUGAAGGCCGACAACAAGCGGGAGACGGAGAGGGUCGUCAGGGAGGCUCUGGAGAAGCUCCGUGCAGAGAUGGAGGAGGAGAAGCGGCAGGCGGUGAGUAAGGCGGUGACCGGAGCUCAGGCGGAGAUGGAGAGGAAGUGUAAGCAGGUGAAGGAGAAGUGUAAAGAGGAGCUGGUGGAGGAGGUGAAGAAGCUGGUGGCCCAACACAAACAGCUCAUCUCCCAGACCAAGAAGAAGCAGUGGUGUUAUAACUGCGAGGAGGAGGCCAUGUACCACUGCUGCUGGAACACCUCGUACUGCUCCAUCAAGUGUCAGCAGGAGCACUGGCACGCCGACCACAAACGAACCUGCCGCAGGAAGAGAUGAACAAGCCCCGCCCCUUCUUACCGUUACACAGCACGCAGUCGGCCCUCGCCCACUCCUCCUCCUCCUCCUGUCAGUCAGUGUCUACAACACACACACACACACACAAACACACACUUGUCCCUCCGGCUUCUCAACUUGCCUUCCUGAACACUUUGUGGACUCGAUGUUUUCUGCGUGGAAAAAGAGCAACUUGUUCCCUUUUUUUUGUUUGUUUUUAUUUCUAUUUAAUGUAACCAUGUUUUUGAAUUUUCUUUCUAUAUUUUUAAUUUUUUGGGGGUCUCUGAAUCGUGAACAGAUUGCUCGAGGGGGCGUGGCUCCGAUGGUGUGAUUAUUAUUAUUUUUUCUCUUUACUGACGUGCUAACUUUGAGCUCGUGUCAGAGGAUGUGUUAUUUAAGUGUUUAGUAACCGAUGAGCGUUUUAUUACCUGAAUUUUUAGAAAAUCCCUUUUCUUACUGUAAAUGCAACAAAAAACACUUGGGGUCGAUCUUUCAGGUCGACCACGACGACACAACACAAACGUACCGCUGCAGCAUUCAACUGGCUCCACUUUCAUAGAGAAUGAACAAAAAGACAAAAAAAACUCACACGCGUUCAUUUAUUGUUUUGGAUGCUGGACGGCACCUUUUAGCAUUUCUACCUAAAAGUCACUUAUUGGGAACAGGGUCACGAGGUCGGCCGUAAAAAAACGACGACUAAACAAAUCUUCCAUUUGAUAUCAUUAUUAUUAUUAUUAGAGUGAACAUUAUGCACAUUUUUUGGGGUCUUUUCCUUCGAAUAGUCGGUGAUGGGUUUUUUUUACGAGUCGAAUAUAAAUGAACUUUUAAUUAAUUUGUUCUUAAUUAGAGAAAUGUACCGCAAUCCUGACUGAGCUGGACCUGAGAGCGGUCCCACCACUUGACCGUUUUUUUUUGCACAUUUCAUUUUUCUAAAAACCAGAAUGCUCGUAAAAUUGCCAAAAAAUAAACAAACUAUAAUUAGAGACUGUAUGUAGGAAGUGGGCGUGGCCUUUAUGACAUCAUCGUCCUCAAUCCGCUUGAUGGCUAACUUUUUAUAGCCUCAUGCUCUCGUGUUUUUUUAAGCCCAAAGUGACCAUGUUUGGAAGAGUGGUCAAUCGCCCACUGCGUCAGUUUAUCUGUGAUUGUUUUCAUCAUUUACUAAGUAAUCGUCUCGCACCAUAGAAGAAGACUUGAACUCGAGGUCAAGACCAGAAAACUCAUUUUGAAAAUGUUCACUUCAGUACAAUCAGACUUCUUUUCGGUGGAGGCCGGUUUAAGGCACUUGCUCAUCAUGCACGUCCAUCUCUUACCUACAGUCUCUGAUUCUACCCGAGAAGAUCUGGUGAGUCCUCCCUCCUUCAUCAGCCUCCUUAAGCUUAAAAAAAUACGAUUCUCCGAGCGUCGUCAGUGUCAUUUUUUAUAGUGUUGUACACUCAAAAAUCUUUCUUUUUUUUAAAUCCUGAAGUGAUGGCUUUGAGACUCUUUCACUGCUUUUGCUGUAGUCGGUGGUCAGUGCCUGUUUUUUUCCCUUCUUCUUCUCGUCCUCGCCCUCCCCGUGAGGCUCCGUGCAUGUCUAUAGAUUCACACUUUGUCUUUUCUCCAAUCAUUACGGUAAAAACACAAACACAAGAAAAGAGGAGCCCAGAAUCUCGCUGGUGUCCGACAAACAGUGACGACGGAUGGACCAAUAUAAAAACAUUAUGCAAAAUGUGAAUGAUCAAAUCUUUUCUAGAGUUCUCCUCUGCGCUGGAUGUCGAGUGUGUGUCGUGUAUAAAUACGGUGCGUGGAAUUCUUUGUGUGUUUUUUCAAACGGGCGAUAAAAUUGCCCGUUUUUUUUUUUUUUGUUCUGGGAAGUGUGACUCUUUUAAACUUUGACUGUUUCCUCAGUUAUGAAGACUGAACUGAACGGAGGAAAACGAUCCAGUUGUUUUGUAUAGACGCAUCACUUUUUUUUUACACACACGUUGCCGUUCAUCAGUUUGUGUUUCUGUGAACAUGUGACGAAUAAAAUACCGUAAAUUCUCUAAUAGUGAGGCAGAACUUUUUUUUUUUUUCUUUUUUAAAGGCAAAUAUGGGGCUUUUUUUAAUGCCUUUAUUUGGAGAUGGAACAUCGGAUAGAGUCAGAAAUCAGGGAGAAAGAGAGAGAACCCUGGCCGCCCGUCUGGAGGACUACAGCCUCAGUACAUGGGGCGCACACUUACUUCUAGGCUGCUGGCGCCCCAGUGGGCAGAACUUUUAUUCACUUUGAGUAAAGAGAGAACCGGGCAUCUUAUCCUACUGGUCAAACAAAUGUUCUGUUGUUCUGAUUGGCUGUGAAUGAAAACUUAAAAAACCUUCUCUAACUGAUUAAUUCUUCAUAUCUACUUAACUAUAAUGACUCUUAAAAGGUUUUUAUAUCGCCGUCUAUCUAACAGACAUUUAGAAGCCAAAUAAACACGACGACCACAUCCCAAAAUAAAAACGUUCUUUAUAUAAAUGUAUCUCUUAUAGUGAAUACUGACUGAGUCUGGUGUUUAAUACAGUUAAUACUCAUUUUCAUAUUGCUUAUAUACUUUACUUUUCUUCAUUAGCUAAUCUUUUUUAAUGUAUUCAUCAUGUUGUGGCUUAAAGGAGCAGUAUGUAACUCUGGCACCUGGUGUUUAAAAUGGGUACUGCAGUCCAAAUUCUAAACAUCAUAGAGAGCUGUCUCCCCCCUCCCCCUCCUCUUUAGAGUCGAUGCUCACACAGGUCACCAUGUGGUGGACUCUGAAGCUUCAGUGUUUAUCCAGCUCUGCAUGGGUCUGUAAACCUUUCUGUGUUCUAACCUCUCUCCAUUUUUCAAAAGCAUCUCCAAUAUUGAUCCUAGUUUGAGCACGUUUCUGCUCGUGGAGCUUAUUAGAAACAUGCAGAGGCUUUUUAGGUCGGGUACAAUCACUUCUAUCUGAACCACUUCUCUUGCCCGCUUCCAUCGCUGCAACACCUGUUGGUUUGACCUGACCUUAAAUUAUUGUUUUUUUUUUUACAAAAUAGCUACCUAGUAGUUAUUUUUCCCGGUCAAACCGCUAAAUGAUUCGAUUGAUCAACACCUUCAUUUAUUGGCUUAAGUAGCUGUACGUUUGAAAAGGAUCACAGAACUCGCUCAGUAGUGCUUUUAAGAGUUGAAGUGUGAUGUUUAAAAACCGUUUUAUCACAAGACAAACGUAGAGGAUGUGUUGAGUUUCAUUAACAGAAAUCCAAAGCUGAAGUUUUUGAUUUCAAUGCUUUUUUACCCAUAUAAAAAAUCCAAAGAAGACAACGUUAAAGUGUCUCUAAAUACUUUCCGACUUCUUGUCUGUGCCUCAAAGGCCCCUCUUUCCUUCUGAUGUUGUAAAUAUUUCAAAGCAAAGAAAGAAAGCUUUUUAAAAAGAAAUAUCCUAAAGAUCGAUUUAGUUUGAUCUGCAAACAAGACUCAAAAUGUGAGUUUUUUUCUUGGACUGUUUUCCGCCCCCCGUUGAGUCCAAAACAAGCGGCAAACUUCUGUGUUGAAAAAUGAAUCUGAUGCGGAAGUGCAAAAUCCUGCAGUUCAUCUAGUGUCCACUAGAGGCUGGCGUCAGGAACACCAGAAGUCACAUACACACCCAUUCAAAAAAAAACGUUUUUACAGCAUAAAUUAACAUGUUUACAGCCUGGUUCAAAAAACCUAAUGGGUCUGAUAAGUUAUCGUCCUCAUGAUCACACAUCCGUUUAGAUUUAGAUGAUGCGUGCUUUACAUAAUUAGGCGCUUAGCUGACAUGAUUGACAGGUGGGCGCGAUGUAACGGUUCAUCAAGAGUCUUAAAACCCGCCUCAGCUCCAGCUCUCAGCCUGUCGUUAGGUUGACUGAAAGUUAGGCUGAGACAGGAUUUCCAACAUGGCGGCUGCUACUGACGAGCCUGCAGAGCGCCCCCUGCAGGAACAGAUGGCUGACGUCACUCAGACUUCAUUUAUAAUAUUUACAGUCGAUGGUUCUAAUCUGUAGUUCCAGGAGAUAAAUUCACAGCUGUUUUUGAUUGGGAUGUAUUGUCGUCAAGGAGUCCUCCUAUUAGAGAAUUUACGGUAACUUUUACUUCCAGACUUGAUGUGUUCAGCCUCUCGUCUCUGGACUCUUUCUCUUCUUCCUUUUUGGACUCGUUUAAGUGUAUCACUUUAAUACAGAACAUGUUCUUGUACAGUUCAGCUUCCUGUCUCUGCUUUCUGCUCACUCUUAACGUCUGAUUUCUAGGGGAAAAAAAGUUCUCUUCGGUCGAACACCAACGUCUCCUUUCCUUCUUCUUCUUCUUCAUCACCAUUGCACUACAUGUAAAUAAAAAAAAUAAUGCCAUGUGUCCAUAUCUCCUCCCCCUCAUAUUGUAUGUACAUUGUAAAUGAACUCGCCGAUAUCUCCGCUGCUUCAUGUUUCCUGUGCUCACAGCGAUCCCCGACGACUGUUCUAGUUCUAGUUUUGUACAAUGUACAACCGUUAUUAUUAUCAUAUCAGCUGCGGCUUCCGUUGCCACGACGACACUCUGAGGUUUGUGUCAUUUCAGCGUGUUUGUUUUUGUUGUUUUUUUCACAGUGAUCACUCGAGUGAGAGCUACGCUGCACAUUUCAGUGUGUCCGAGGAAUUUCAGCGUGAUGACGUCAUGCUCUCGUGUAAACUUCCUUUUUUUGUCUGACUGGUUUUAUAUUCGUCCAUCCCGCCGUUAAACUUUCAGGAGGAGUUUCUUCUUUUUUUUUUAUCCGUAUGUGGAAGAACUUUUUGAUGUCAUUCCAGUUUGUAUCUGGUUUUUAACUGCAUGAGUAACAGGUGUGCGUACCUCCAGCUCCCGUUUCCUUUUUUCCUGUUUUUACUCCCGCUCAUGUUAGAAAAAGAAAAGACGAAGCUGCACUCCCUCAGAGUGAUGCAAUAUGACAAUGAUGCUUUUUUUUUUUUUUUUUUUUUCUUUUCUGGACCUUGAGUUGAAGCUGUUUGCAGUAUAUCAUCGGUCAGAUUGUCGCCUUCUACCAGAGUUGUUUGAGUACAAGCAGGAUUAACAGCAAGCACUCUGAGCUUGUUGUGAACCUCUACCUGUCAUCUUCUCUCCUGUCCAUAUGUAAACUAUUCAUCGUGGCUUAACAUUUUCUAUGCUCCUGACUUCUUUCUUUUUUUUUCUUUUUUUUGAUGCUUUAGCUAGCAAUAUGUACAUAAAUAUAUUCUAUGUGCUAACAUGGAGGAAAUAAAUGUAUCAACAAGU